AUGAAGAGUCUUCCUUUGCUGCUGGUCCUGCUGCUUGUGGUGAGUAGCCAGGAAAAUUUUUUGCCUGAGCAGUUUACUGUUUAUGACCUGUGGAAUGUAGGAGCUAUGUCUGUCGGCCUGACCUUGUCCUUUCUACUCGGGAACAUGCUGAGUGAGAACCCGCAUCUUACUCAGAGGAAGGUGGUAACAGCCCAUAUACAGCGGCAACAAAGAGAGGUCCAGACACGCAGAAAGCGGCACGUAGAUCCAGCAGGAAGCUUCGUUCCGCUGCGCCGAUCCAAGAGAAGGUGGGUUCUCACUACGAUCGUCUUGGAGGAAAAUGACCGUGGACCCUUCCCAAAGAAAGCUGGAGAUCUCUUCAAUGACCGGGCAGAAAACUACUCCAUCAAGUAUCUGAUCAGUGGUCCUGGAGUGGAUGAACCCCCGGAAAAAGGCUUGUUCCAUGUCAAUGAUCUCACCGGGGAGGUGUAUGUGAACCGAGCUAUCGACAGGGAGAAGACACCUUUGUUUACUGUGCGUUUCGAUGUUGCAAAUAGAUUGGACGGAAGCAUUUUGGACAAAUCUCUCAUUUUUAAUGUAGAAGUGAGGGAUUCAAACGACAAUGCCCCCAGAUUUUCUCAGAGCGUGUAUAAUCUCACCCUGAAAGAGACCACCAGACUCGAUAGUCCAAUUUUCCAAGUCAUAGCAACAGAUGACGACAAAGAAGACACCCCAAAUUCUCAAUUUGAUUAUUAUUUGAUCAAACAGAUACCCGACCUUCCAAAUGUCAAAUUCACUGUUGAUUCUAAGAACGGACUGAUUCGUGGAGACGGCUGCUUGAAUUAUGAGGCCUCAAACUUUAUCCGACUUAUUGUUGGAGCCAAAGACAAAGGAGCUGGGUCUUUAUUCAGUACAACUACUGUUAACAUGCUCAUCCAGGAUGGGAAUAACAAUAUGCCAGUGUUCACUAGUGGUGACAAAUAUGAACUCUCUGUGCAGGAGGGAGAAGUGAAGGAUGGGUUGCUGCGAUUAAAGGUCGAAGAUAAGGAUACACCACAAACUCCGGCCUGGAGAGCCAAGUAUAAAAUAUUGCUUGGAAAUGAGAAGGAAAAUUAUAACCUGACCACAGAUCCAAAAACAAAUGAGGGAAUCCUGAGCAUUGUAAAGCCUUUGGAUUUUGAAGGGACCCCCACAAAAACACUUAUUAUAACGGUUGAGAAUGAAGAACCAUACUAUUCAUGUCAGAACUCCAGACUCAGAAUGGACAAGACAGCCAUGUCGCCCAACAUAACUGUCUCAAUCACUGUGAUCGACGCAAACGACGCUCCCGUUUUUACCCCUAAAGUCAAAGUAAUUCGAGAAAAAGAAGGUGUGAAGGUGGGGACAGUCCUGGGGACAUUCACUGCAACUGACCCAGACAGGGUGCCAAACAAAAUCAGGUAUAAAAUAGCAGAAGAUCCCGCAGGUUGGAUGACGGUGGAUGAAAAUACCGGAGUUGUUACAACAUUACAAGAACUGGACAGAGAAUCUCCUUUUGUUAACGGAACUACAUACACAGCGUUGGUCCAUGCUAUAGAUGACGGUGAACCUCCGGGUACAGGAACUGGUACAAUACUCCUCUAUCUGUCUGAUGUUAAUGACCACACACCGAAGCUGGUCACACCAUUCAUGUACAGAUGUGAUCAUCAGUUGGACGUCCCGUUUGUGGUGGAGGCUGCAGACCGAGAUAUGGACCCAUUUGCUGGACCCUUUAAGUUUGAUGUGUCUGAUCAUUCCCAAAGUAUGAGUGAAACGUGGCAAGUCAAGCAAGUCUCAGAUCAUUCUGCAGAAGUCGUAAUGCUGAAAAGUCUUACAAAGGGGAACUAUACCAUUCCCUUUGAUAUUUACGACAGGCAGGGCACUUACAAAACCCAAGACCUGAAUGUCCGGGUGUGCUCCUGCCCCGAUCGUUUGAACUGUGAGAAGAUGGCACCAGCAUCAUAUCAGAUGGGAGGCGGGGCGAUCGGAGCCAUCUUGGCAGCUUUGCUCCUGUUCCUGUUGGCAUUAUGUUUGCUGAUGUGCUUCCUCUGCGGCUCUGGGAAAAAGAAGCACAUAUUACCAAAUGAUGAAGGGAACCAAACUCUUAUCAUGUACAAUGAGGAGGGGGGAAGUGCAUUGUCUCAGGCAAACCCGGCUGCUCUGAUGGCGGCUGGAAAUGGUACCAAUGAUUACGGCAUUAAGGAUAAAGAAGCUGUUGGGCGGGUGAUAUCUAAUAGCUUGUCUCUGUCACAGGCUCAACAGUGGGAAGGGGAGAGAGACAGUUCCGGACGCAUGAAGCCACGGGCACAGUAUCAAUCCUGGGAGGUUGUGAGUAUUAACCGUGUUCUUGUCUUGUUACUUCAUACAUGGUGGUAUGCUGGGUAUAUCAUCAUCUCUCAGCACAUGUAUGACCUGGAGUUCCUGCCUCCUCUAACUCCAGGCAACGCAGUUACUCCUUACCUAUACCAUGGCAGGACAACAUUAGACACCUCAAAGAUGGUGCUGGUGUUGGUGUGGGGAAUGCAGCUGGAGCUGGAACCAGUGCUAGGCAUCUGGCACAAAAUGGAACUUGGACACAGUGUGCUCAGCUAUGAAAAUGAACUGACAGCCAAUGGGAAAGAAAUGGUUCCAGCCAUUCGGCUGUUCAAAUAUUUCCCUAACUAUAAAAGAAUAAAUAUUCCUCCCACACAUUGCAUUUUAGUAAACGCUCCUCAUUGCUGUGUUUAUUAUUUACAGAGCAGCAAAUAUAUGAAAAAUGGCACCUUCAGGAACAGAUAUGACAACUUGUUUGUAGAGAAAAUUGGAGAGAUUUUAAACAAGCGGUUACACGGGCUUUCUGAUGAUGAGCAAGGCACAUACAAGCCACGGGUCUAUGCAUAUGAGGGGGACCUUGAUUUUAUCGCCUCAAUGGAAUCCAUCAACUGCCCAGAUGACACCAUGGACUUUAGUUUCCUGAACCAGUUUGACCCAAAGUUUGCCAGACUAGAGGAAAUCUGCAAGAAGUAA